CUUUAGGAAUCAUCUUAUCCGACAAAUCUUCGCUUCAUUGUUUUUGAUACUUCGAAUCUGAGUCCAUCCGUUACCUUAUUUUACAUUUCAUUGUUUCUAAACUAUCGUCCACAUGACAUAAAAGGGAAGAUGUCUCAGAUCAGUUAUUCUUCAAUUCUUUAUACCGUUUCUUUUUCUCCAGCAAAUUUCUCUUUCAAAUGUCCGUUCCCUUCAAAAUCACCCAUUUUUCACUGUCGUGAACUCACAGAUUCCUUGCCACCUUACCCUCUAGGCUGCAGGAUUAAUCUAAAAGGGCCUGUUCCGUUGAGGGCUCAGCUUAAUGACAUUAACAGCAAACGCAUAAUUCCCAUUGCCCAUGUUUCUGAUACCCACUACACUGAAACACAUGACCAGUUUACAAAAACCUAUUGUGCUGAAACUAAAAUCCAUUUUUCAAAUUUCCAAUAUACCAAAACCAAUGCCCAAAUUUCAGAUACCCAUUACUCUGAAACCAAUGCCCAAACGGCAGACUCCCACCUGACAGACAUCCAUCAUUUUCAAACUAAUGCCCACCUGACAGGCACCCAUGACAGAGGGGUUGGGUAUGCUGACAUGGACACGAAUGCAAGCCCUCACGAUCAAGAGCUAUUGAGCUCCAUCAUCGACAUUGCCAAGAAUCUUCCGGUAAACACCACGCUGACUAAUUAUCUUGAUCCUUACAGUGGGAGAAUAAGCAACAGGGACUGCAAUUUUUUGUUACAGCUACUUGGUGAAGAGGGUUUGGUUUCACAGGCCGUUCACCUGCUAGAGUGGAUGGGUUUUCAGGAGCCAUCUAUAGUUAGUCCCGAAAGUUAUUCCUUAGUCUUUCCGCUUCUUGGGAGGGCUGGAAUGGUAGAAAAUUUGUGGUUAGUGUUCGAGAAUAUGCCAGGUGGAAGAGAAUUUCACUGUGCCAAUAUUUAUAAUGCAGCGAUUUCUGGCUUUGCGCAAUGCUCCAGAUAUGACGACGCAUGGAAAGUCUUUGAAGAAAUGGAUAUAAGGAAUAUUGGACCAGAUACUGUAACCUACUCUUCUCUUAUAACUAUUAUGAGAAAGAGUGGUCAAAGUGCUAAAGACGUGUGGCAGUUUUUUGAGAGAAUUUCCAAAAAUGGUGUGAACAUGAGCUCUGAGAUAUUUGGUUCUCUUAUCAAAUCUUUUUGUGAUGAGUGCCUUAUGAGAGAAGCCCUAAUCGUGCUAUUUGAGAUGGAAAAGUAUGGUUUUGAGCCCAAUGUUGAUAUUUAUAACACCUUAAUUGAUGCCUAUGUUAAAACAAAUCAACUAGAAGAAGCUGAAGGGUUGUUUCUUGAAAUGAAGGACAGACAUUUACAACCAACUGUUUCUUCUUAUAAUAUUCUAAUUGAUGCAUACAGCAAAAAAGGACGAUAUGGGGUUGUGGAGGAGCUUAUUCAGGAGAUGGAGCAUUUGGGCUUGAAGCCUGAUGUUUGGACAUUCACAUCUCUGAUAAGUUCAUAUGGUAGACAGAAGAAAAUGAGUGACAAAGCUGCAGAUGCUUUCUUGAGAAUGAGAAAGCAAGGUAUAUUUCCCACUUCUCAUUCAUAUACUGCUCUCAUUCAUGCCUAUUCUGUCAGUGGUUGGCGCGAGAAAGCUUAUGUUACAUUUGAGGGCAUGAUUAGAGAAGGACUCAAACCCUCUUUAGAAACUUACACAAUAUUACUGGAUGGCUAUAGGCGUGCAGGAGAUACUCAAAAGCUAACAGAGGUAUGGAAAAUGAUGAUGGAAGAUGGCAUUGAAGGGACAAGAGUAAUAUUUAAUAUCCUUGUCGAUGGGUUUGCUAAGAAAGGCCGUUGUUAUGAAGCUAGGAAUGUAAUAUGUGAAUUUGGAAAGAAAGGUCUAAAGCCCAAUGUGAUGACUUAUAACAUGCUUAUAAAUGCAUAUGCACGUGCUGGGUGGCACACAAAGUGCCCUCAAGUUUUGAAUGAGAUGGUAGCUGCUGGCUUGAAACCAGAUGCCUGCACAUACUCAACUCUUAUUUAUGCUUAUUUCCGAGUCAAUGAUUUUAAGAAAGCCUCUUACUAUCACAAGGAAAUGAUUAAAAACAAUCAAGUUUCUGAUUCAACCUCUUAUAAAAAGAUGAAGGCACUUCUAGAUGCACAAAACACAAUAAAAAGUAAAAGGGACAAGAAAGCAGCUUUGGUUCAGAUUCGGAAGCAAAUUGGUCUUCCGAGCAGGAAUAAGCAGACAAAAGAAUUUUGGAAAAGUAAAAAUAGGUCCAUGAAUAGAGUCCCAGACUAAACUGUGAUUUAGCAUCAGCUUCUUCUUAUUACUAUUUUUCCUUUUAAGGGCUAAAAUGUCUGGAGCUUGAUAGAGAAUACUAUGAGCUCUUAAGCUUUUGUCCUGUCAGUCUUUUCAUGCAUUAUUUAUGGUUCAUUUUCUUAGUCCAUCUGCGGUAUCAGUUUCCUUCAUGAAACCUUAGUUAAUGCAAGUGCAUAUUGUUGCUACCUUGAGGGUAUUUAAAUUAUACAGUAAAAAUAUCUCCCAUCAAAUUACAGCUAAAUGAACAACGAAAAGAGCUUGAUUGAAUUGUCUUUGAUUCUCUGGACAUA